AUCUACCAAGCAACCGAGAGUUGUUUUAGAUUCUUCAGAUACCUUGUCGAUUGUGGUCCUUUUUCCCACCAUCUUGGUAUGUAUGUUUUGCAACCUUUUGGGAACUGCCAGUGGUAUAUCAGGAUUGUAAUUGGUCACAGCUGAAUUUAGAUGUUAGUUUUUGUUCAUGUAUCGAAUUUUGGUCUUUAAUCAUCCAGUAAAAUUGAUCUGUAAUAGGUAAUAGGUACCUUCGUAAAUAUGAUUUGUAUACCUUAGAAAGUCAAAUCUAAUUUACUAUUUACUUAGGAAUAUUACAGCUGCAACUAUCAGGAUAUAUCCCAUAUCCGUCUAUGUAGUACCCAUGUUUCUAGAACUAUUAGAGCAUAUCCGCCUGAUGUAACAUGUUUAUCUUAGAAGUAAAAGCACUCGUAUGUCAUUUGGUCCUUUUGGUACAUUAUUGGGUCUUUUUGCCUGUGUGGUAUGCUACCUGGAUCGUUUCCGUCGCGCGGUCAUCGCUCGGACCGAUCGACGGGACGUUGACACCGCUUUGUCUUGCACCGAUCGAAUACAGUGCAACCCGUCUGCACUGUGCAACUCAUGAAGUAGGAAGGAAGUUGUAAUGUGGAUGCGAUGAUUGUAUGGGUCGCGGUAAUGAGAUCUGUUUGCGGUGAUUUCUUUUAUCUGUGAUAUGAAAAUACUAAAGGAAAAAUAAUCCGCUUCUACUACCUUACGUAGUCGUCAUUGAUAGAAAAUCGCAUAUAGAUCCCGGAUUACAAAUUUAGUAAGUAGCGUACAUAUCAUGAACAUUAACAGUAUAAUAGAUAUUUGACACGUAUUCAAAUAUUCAUAUCUAUGUAAAUUACCCAGAAUAAAUGUGCAUAAUGUAGGUACAAUAUAGUAAUUACAUACACUUGAUACACUGAUGCACAAAUAAUUAAAAAACAAAAGCGAUAUUUUCCUACAUUAGAGUGAGUGAGACAGAUAUUUACAUAAUAUCCACGGGCGGGUACCUAAAGCGAAGGUUGUUGAAUUUAUGUGUCUGGUUGCCUCCACCGUCUCGUAUCGUAAUGGAGACGGAGUGCAGGACCUCUGGCUGUGCUGCACGCUGCACAUUCAGUUGUGAACGAAACCUGGCGCCGCGACGGACGCCCGCGAGUGCCGUGUCCAUAAAGUUGAGUGUUACUUCGUAGUUUUGUGACGCUGACGGAUUGUUAGCUCCGCCGCCACACAAAGAGGGUGGCGGGAUCAAAGUGCGUGCGCGCGGCGCGGUGCGAGAGCGCGCGCGGCAGGUGACCGACGGUGUUCCCGGCUGAUGUGGGCGGCGAGCGCGUGCUGCUCGCGCCAGGCAGCUAGCAGGCACUCAUGCGUGACGGGGUGACUAACCGAGCCGGGGUGGCAGGCGAGGGCGGCGGCAGCGCCACGGCCGCGCGAACCCCCGUGAAGACCUUCCAGGCGUACCUGCCGCCGGCGCACCGCACCUACAGCUGUAUACACUGUCGCGCGCACUUGGCCAGUCAUGACGAGCUUAUAUCUAAGUCGUUUCAAGGCAGCCAGGGGCGCGCGUAUCUCUUCAAUUCAGUUGUAAACGUGGGUUGCGGGCCGGCGGAGGAGCGUGUGCUUCUGACAGGACUGCAUGCAGUCGCCGACAUCUACUGCGAGUGCUGCAAGACGAUGCUCGGAUGGAAAUAUGAGCACGCGUUCGAAUCGAGUCAGAAAUACAAAGAGGGCAAGUUCAUAAUAGAACUGGCUCAUAUGGUGAAGGAGAACGGGUGGGAUUAGGCGCGCGGUCUGCUGGGCCGCGCGCCAGACAACGAGUGUACCAGGCCGGACUUUAGGCCUCAGUGACUACAGUGCUGUUGUGAUAUAUAUAUAAUGGUGGUCAAGCGAUGGAAGCCUACAAACAAAGACUUUCCGAAGCGUCAAUUACCCACGAACAUCUGAUAUGCACCACGAGUGUUCCUUUACGGCCAUAAGGCCCCGAUACUAGGCCAGCAACGAUGAACUCCCGCCGCGAGCUAGAGCCUUCGUGAUGACGGGUCAGGCGAGUUGGAUGGUAGAGCUCGCCUUAGUCCAUGGGAUGAUCGGGAACAGUCACCUUCGCGCCAAAACUUCAACUGAUACCAAGUAGACAUAAACGUUUUGGUGUGGAGGAAAAGAUCUUUAAAGCUCUAUAGCUGUACAGAUUCGAUGUCGACGUGUAAAUCGGUUGGGCUCGAUUAGCAUAUAUUAUUUUUAUUAUCACAACUAAUUCUUAUUGGGAGGUCGGGCCUGACCGAUUCACUCGGCGCGUCAGACUGUGAGGAUGUCGCCUUAUGUGCUCUUUUACUUUAAUCGGCUUCAGCGCUUUGGCACCGCCAGUCAACGUAAUGUUAUAUUGUUAUAAAUGUAAGUAAUCGAUCUCAACCGCCCCACGUAAGGGGCAAUGGGCUUAGAAUUUAUUAUUAAUUUUUAAAGAACGAUUUCAUUCACGCCGCGCCUCGCGUCGCCUCGGCGCGGACGUUAGUACAUCGUAAGUUGUCUUAGUUUUUAUAUUAUGUAGCUACGUAUGUACUGUAUUGAGAGAACACUAAUACUUUCUCUUGUCCCUUUUAACCUGUGAUAAGUAUGUUAGUAAUAGAAAUUUGAAUUUCUUGAACGUAUUCUUUCAAGAAGUUGCUCAGAUGUCAGAUGUAUGUUCCUAAUGAUUUCAGCUGUACAAUUUGCUUUUUAUUUUGUUUUGUGAGGAAACUAGUCGGAACUUGAAUGUGUUGUGGAAAGAUGAUUUCCGUUUUAUUUUACUUUGCGCCUGAUUUAGUGAUUUUUAGUUUUUAAUUGACAUAUACAAUUUUUCGACUGUUCCUCGUGAAAUUUUUGGAUAUUCGAUUUUAGUUUUCUAAAUUAAUUCUUUUUAGUUUGAAUAUUUCAUUGGUUGUUGGAAACGCAAUCUGAGCUCAUUUUUAUAUGAACGAAUGUGGUUAGUAGCCAUCGGACGGUUUUAUUAUUCAUUUAUUGUUUCUGUGUAAUACUUAUACCAAUUAGAUACUUUCAUGUAUCCCCUAUAUUUUAUCUUAAUCACUUGGUACUUCAUUUAUAAUUGUAUAAACUUAUCAUUGUAAGAAAUUGCAUGAGCUUCGAUUAUCUAUGGUUAUGUCUAUGUCAAUCGAUCAUAAAACUUGUACGCACUGAUUAAUUUCCCGAAAUCGAUAUCUUAUUAAUUAUAAUCGACUAACUUGACGUCCGACUUCAAUAGUUAUGUAAUUGGAGAAUGUUUUUUGUAUUUGAAUUGUAUGACUUUGCCGUCGCAUGAGUGUGAAAGCUCACUAGGCGAUUUGCCUUACUUAACUUCUGUUUUAAAUAAAAAAAACAACGUUCUAUUUUUAAAUUUCUUUGGUACCGCCUAAACUUGACAGCUCACGACGAUACUAUCUUCCCGUUAGGUAUCUAUCUCACCAAUGUUAAGGCCUUAAAUUAUCAAUAAAUAUAGUGAAAAUGUGUGUUAAAUGAAACAUAUUUUUGUGAAUGAACUUAGUGAGCUUUUAACCUAACAGUUGAAUAUCAAGAGCGUUGAUAACUGCCACUAGUAUAUACAAUGUAAUAUACAUAAAUAAUAUAACAAGCUAAGUGAACGCUCGUUUGAUCAUGUGUUGAUUCUGGACACAUUUAUAGUGAAACAGCGGAUUAUUUAACAUAUUAUAUAAUAAUAAUAAAUAUAUUUACAAUAAACUCAACAAACGAUUACGACUUAUUAUGUAUUGUGUACAAAUUAUCACUGAAUUUUAGUAAAAAUGGGAAUAUUUUCACUAAAUUUGUCCAGAACUAUCUUAGCAUUUGGAGUCCAUUUCUAAAGCAGUAUUGUAAGUGUUGCUGUUGAUGCCGACUGCUGUAAUAGUGGACUCUGCUCCUAAAAAUCUGUCUGACACAGCAUUUCGAUAAGACGAAACUACACUUUAAAAAAUGUCGAUACUACUUCCUUCCGUUUUUGUCGAUAAUGCAAUUAUUGAAAAAAAAACUUAUAUUAUUGAAAAUAAUAAUCACACUAUGAAAAACAAAUUUUAACAGGCAAUAAUGUACGUAUGUCAGACAGAUAUUUUAUUGACACAAUAUUUUUACAAAUAAAAUUAAUAGUUGCCUACAUUAAAUUGUCGGUUAACCGAAUAAGAACCAUUCGAAUAUCUUUUUUUUUUGUUGUAAAAUAGGACGUGUCUGUUGGUUGGGGAUGAAUAGUUGUAAUAAUACAAAAAUGAAUACAUCCUAAAAUAUUGAAUGGAACUUCAAAAUCUAAAUUCGACGCAUGUUGCUUUCUUUCAUAAAAAUGAUUUUUACACGGCAAAAAGAGACAGAAAUAUUAAUUUGGUAUUUUUUCAACAAUAAUAAUUUUAAUCUUCUUCAAUCAACAGAAAUGUCCUUCGAAUUGACUAAUUCACACGUAAAACGAUAAGGUCAAACGAUAAUGCAUUACAAGUUCACAAUAUUGUCUGUUUAAUGUAAUCGUGUUAACUGUUAUCAUAGGGUUAAUGUUAAGAUUUGAUGCACAAUGUUCAAUGAAAAUGUUUAUGAGGCUGAGUGCUAGAGGAUAGAGGAUAGAUAAAAAACCCCAUUUGUAUAAAGACACGUUUGACAGUUCGGUCUGAAAGAGGAAGAAUAUUGAUUUAUAUAAUCUGUGACAUUUUCAUAUUUUUCAUCUGUUCCAUUCAAUGCACCGUUCGUUGGUUCCUUCUGUUCAUGAGUAUACGAAUUUAUCUGUCAGAAUUAGAAUUGAUACUGUUGAUUUCUUUUUUUUUUUUCUUUUAGCUCCUACUAACAUGGGCACAUUGGUAUUAAAUUAAUGAUAUAUCAACAUUUCGAAUUAAGUCACCAUCGACAUAUUAUUAUAUAAUACAUAUAUAUAGUUUUUGUGGAGAGCUAUAGAGAACACUGCUACUGUACUGGACGUAAUGUUUCGACUAUCACACAUACAAACAAUGCCAUUUUGUGAAAAUCGAAAGAUUGGGGGCAGUAUCCUAGAGAGCCCUAGAAUAGACGCUAAAUGUAUCGAUGCCGUGGAUUUCUAUCGUAUAUCGAUAAACAGCGCGCACUACAACAAAAAGGCUUUAAAUCCCGCCCUAUUUAUCGAUAUCGAUAAAAGUUUAGUUUUAUACAGAGUGAUGUAAUAUUUUCAUCCUGAACAUUAUGCAACACGAUAAUCGAAACUUAUCGAGAUUGUCACAGUAGUAUAGAUUAACACUCUUAGACCCACAUUGUAUUCCGUGACGCAUUCGACAUGACAGAGAUGAGAAUAAAUAUUUAAUAUAUAAAUAUAUCUUGAUGAUAGUGAGGGAAAAUUAACAAAUGAAGCUAGAUAUCUGUGAGGCAUAAUUAAAAGUAUUUUUCUACUUGAUCGUUUAGGAAUGCUAUUAGAUAUUUUUGGACCAUUGUUAAGAUAAAACUAUGAUCAGUAUUCGUGGAGUGAAGAUAAAGAGUUGAUGUUAGUUUUUGUGGUUGUUGGUCGAAGUGAUUGUUGUUGUCGAGAAUAGAGAAAAAGCGCUUUCUAGUUCUAAACAAUGCACCCAUACACUAUACCGUAUAGUUUUAGAGCUUCUAACAUAUGUCACAUAUCGAACGUACAGUUAUUUACAUCACUAGUUAUAUCGAUAUUAUCACGAAAUCGAUAUUUAUAACGAUUGCUAUCGAUUAUUGCCUUCGUCUGUCGUUUUGUUGGCAUCGUAAACGACUCAUGAUUGCAAGGCAUUUUGCUUUUGAUUUUUUUUCCUUUACGUAUUUUAGAAGCUCAAAAACGAAGGUCUUGGAGUGUUAACUGAUGACCAAGAUGAAUGAACAGCGUAUUAUAAAAUGGUGCAUUUCAUUAAGUAUAUGUACAUUUCGCAUAUUUUUAAGGUAUUCCGAGUAGUUGUUUACCAAGAAACCGCUUAAUAUUUUUGUAUUUUCUUAGUAUGUAAUGAUGCAUUAUAAAAAAAUUCGUGGUGUCUUCUUACGAUUGUGUACGCAUUAUGCUAUAGAUGAGUAAACAUAUUUGGUUGAAAUAAUAAGUGCGUAAUAAAACACAUUUUCGUAUUAAAAAUA